GGGGAAACCCGAUCUCCUCUGGCUCCGCGCGGUGGGAGAGGGCUGCGCUGAAAGCCUGCGGAGGAGCGGGAGCCUGCUGGUCCCUGACCCGUCUACCUCCCAGGGGGAGAUAUCUCGUGUGUUUUAAAACCUCUUAGAAUUCCUUGAGGAUUCCCAGCCAUGGAGGUAGCGCAGCCCAAGGACCUGCAACAGGACUUCGCUUUGGCCAGGAGAAGGCAUGCGGAGCUGUGCAGGCAGAAACGGGUCUUCGACGCCAGGAACAGGAUCAUCGGGGGAGAUGCAGAAGCCUGGGAUCUUCAGGUUCAUGACCAAAAGAUAAAAGAAGCAACUGAAAAAGCCAAACAUGAAACAUUUGCUGCUGAAAUGAGGCGCAAUGACAAAAUCGCAUGCCUGCUAGAAGACCGACAAAGGAGAGACAGGAAAAACCUCUGCAAAGCCAUCAACGACUUCCAGCAGAGCUUUCAGGCGCCAGAAACUCGCCGAGAAUUUGACCUCUCCGACCCCCUAGCCCUCAGGAAAGACCUGCCCGCCCGGCAGUCAGAUAACGAUGUGCGGAACACGAUUUCGGGAAUGCAGAGGUUCAUGGGAGAGGACCUGAACUCCCGGGAGAGGAGGAGGUUCCAACAGGAGCAGAACAGGGAGUGGGCCUUGCAGCAGCAGCGGGAGCGCAGGGAUGCUCAGGCCGGCCAACAGUGUGCAGAGGACCUCUACAGGCAGACCAGGCUGCAGUGGGAUGAGACCGCCAAGCACAUGCAGGACCUGGGGACCGCCACCCGGAGGGCGGUGUGUGCGGCUGUGAAGGAAUUCAACAAGAACCAGGCCACGGAGUCAGCAGAAAGGAAAAUUCUAGAGAAAAGCCAAGAACACGAGGACAACCUGGCAGAGAUCUCCAACCUGCUGCACGGGGACCUGCUCUCGGAGAACCCGCAGCAGGCGGCCAGCUCCUUCGGGGCGCACCGCGUGGUCCCCGACCGCUGGAAGGGCAUGAGCCGGGAGCAGCUGGAGCAGAUCCGUCUGACUCAGAAGCAGCAAGUGCAGGAGAAGCUGCGGCUGCAGGAAGAAGAGUACCAGCGAGACAGGGGCUGGGACCGGCAGAGGGUUCAGAAUGCCCGCACGGCUCUGCUGUUGGAGCGGCAGCAGCGGCGCCAGCAGCGCGACCUGCGCAGGGCCCUGGACCGCAGCAACCUCAGCCUGGCCGAGGAGCAGCUUUCGCAGAAGAAAUACAUGAAGGAAGUCUAUACAAACCAGCCCACUGAAGAUUAUUUCACACAAUUUAACACAGGAAGUCGAUGAUGAAAGAGACACUUCCCGUCCCUCUGAAUUGUUUUGUAUACAAUGCAGUCACCUUGAAGGGCCCAUUUAUUAAAACAGUAUUUUCACUACAUGGUCGACAAGUGCCCUUUAACU